UCAAUUGAGACGCAUCUGCUUACUAGAUGCGUAGAUUGACCUGUUUGUGACAACGUUGAUACUAUUUUGUUAUUAUAGCAGUACAUACAUACACAUAGAAGUCCAUACACAUAUAUAGAAGUACAUACAAAUGAUUGCUGAUCGUUAUUUUGGUAUCUACGAGGUAUUAUGUAUUUUAUUGCUACUAAGAAUCACACGUGGUAAUGACGAACUUUGCGAUCGACGACCUUUGGGCUCCAAAACUGCACCUUUACCACCCGACAACAGAUUUUUCAUCGAUGUCGUGGAUACGUUUGGCGACUUGUACAUACCAAAUAGGGAGUACAAAGUUCGUUUAUACUCCCGAGACAAUACAUCAACAUUUAUGGGUUUUACUAUAUCUGUCCGAGAGGACACAGAUGUCAAUGAAAGAAACCCUCGGAAACCCAAGCAUUUACAUCCUGGUCAGUUGAUACCUUCGCGUGAUGACGACGCCUCGAAAGUUCAUCCCAAAUGCAAUAACACUGUUAUAGAAACAGAUGUUAUGCCUAAAACAUUCGUUGAGGCACUUUGGAUAGCUCCAUAUAAAGGCAACAAAUGUGUCACUAUAUUCGCGGUGGUGGCUGUAAAGCCUGAUGUGUGGUACAGCUUUGAAGGUCCACUCUCAAAAAGAGUAUGUGAAGAUAGACGCAAAGCAGAAGACAUGCAGCCGAUGGAAAAUGAGAACUGUCAAGCAUGUGAGGAGGCCAGGUACCAGGUAACUUUUGAAGGCUUAUGGACUUUCAACACGCAUCCUCAAAUGUUCCCAGAGACGAGAGGUCUCGCUCGUUUCAGCGACUUGGUGGGAGCUUCACAUAACUCAUAUUUUAUUCUGUAUAAAAAUAAUGCGGAUGCAAGUGCAGGCCUCAAAAUGUUGGCUGAACAAGGGAAUACUACCCAAUUUGAAAUUGACAUUCAGGAAGAGCUUGGUACAAAUGUCCGGACCAUCAUUAAGGCAACCAGUCCACGAACAACCAUCGACAGAACCGUCGCCAGUUUCCGGACUAGUCCUGAACACCAUUUGGUGUCGUUAUCCACUGCUAUCUUACCAUCCCCGGAUUGGUUCUUAGGAGUAUCCAACAUGGAGUUAUGUGAAAGUAAAGGGCAGUGGACGAAGAUAGCCAUUUUAAACCUUUACCCGAUGGAUGCUGGAACGGACAGCGGGCAGACUUUUGAGUCGCCAAAUGAAGAAACUUCACCGCCACAGCCGAUAUCGUCGUUGCCAAUAAAAGGUGUGCCUAAGGAGCAAAUGAAACCAAUGGCCAGACUGAGGUUCGACCUGAUACGGACGUAUAGCACGCCCAGAUGUACUUCCGCAACUAUUGCAGCAACUGAUGAUCAAGACGAAAGGGAACCUGAUGAGAACCUACCCGAUGAAGAUUCUAUCGGGGAAAGGCCACCACCGCCUACUACGCCUAAGAGUGAGGAACCAGUCACCCCAGAUCCAGACUCGUCAGAAAAAUGUCCAAUGACAACUUGGGAAGAAUGGAAGCCAUGCGAAGGGCAGUGUGUCGAUGGCAAGAGAACUGGAUUUCAAUCGCGAUUCCGAUACAAUUUGAUUGAUGGCGUGAAGAAACAUACACCGGGUUCUAGCAAACCUAACGAAAUACCACAUGAAUGUCAGGGGGAACCUACAGAUGAUUUUCAAGAGUGUGAAGAAGACUGUGUAGAAGACGAAACAGAAGCACCGGAUGUUGAAGCUGAAGCAUUGUCUAGAAUUUGGGAAAAUCCGUCACGUUGGGAGAAAAAAUAACAAGUCAUAGUUUUAUAUAUUCAAAUUUACGCUCGUAUGAUCUGAAACCCAACAUAAAAUUAUUAUCUUCGCUAGACGUAUAUUGUAUAAGCCGUUUA